AGCAGCGCACCAAGCGGAAGUGGCCGUGUUGUGGCGGAAGUAGGUGCUUUGUGGGGGCCGCCGGCGCUGAAAGGAACGUGGCCGGCAAAGAUGAUUCAAGCGAUUCUGGUUUUCAACAACCACGGGAAGCCGCGGCUGGUCCGCUUCUACCAGCGUUUCCCAGAAGAAAUUCAACAGCAGAUUGUCCGAGAGACCUUCCAUCUAGUUCUCAAGCGAGAUGACAACAUCUGUAACUUCUUGGAAGGUGGAAGUUUGAUUGGUGGCUCCGACUACAAACUGAUCUAUCGGCACUAUGCUACACUGUACUUUGUGUUUUGUGUGGAUUCAUCCGAGAGUGAACUUGGAAUCUUGGACCUCAUCCAGGUUUUUGUGGAGACCCUGGAUAAGUGUUUUGAAAAUGUUUGUGAGUUGGAUUUGAUCUUCCAUAUGGAUAAGGUGCACUACAUCCUUCAGGAGGUGGUGAUGGGUGGGAUGGUGUUGGAAACCAACAUGAAUGAAAUCGUGGCUCAGAUCGAAGCUCAAAACAGGCUGGAGAAAUCCGAGGGUGGCCUGUCAGCAGCCCCCGCCCGGGCCGUGUCCGCUGUGAAAAACAUCAAUCUGCCAGAGAUUCCUCGGAACAUCAACAUUGGUGAUCUCAACAUCAAAGUCCCCAACCUGUCCCAGUUUGUCUGAGGGUCCACGGCUACUGAACUGGAGUCCUUGAAACCAGCCAAGCCAGUCCUGCCACAGAACGCACUCUGAGCCUUAGAAGGGUCGAGCCCGGGCCCUGACCCUUGCUGCCGUGGGGUCGGGGGGGAGCCCUGGGUUCACCGCUAGCAUGUGCUCGGUUCUCACCUGUGCCGACUGGUCGGCCUCUGAUACGUGUAGCCACCGCAGACGUGAGGGGGGCCCCUGGCCUCCGUGGGGUCAGCGUGCCCCAGCCACUCGUACCUUUACCUCCCGCAUGUAGCCGCUUCCAGGGCCUGGGCGCUGUACCGGGGCCCUCCUGCUUCCUAGAACCCGCCACCAGGACACUGUCUGACGAGAGUCUUUCUCCUUAGUACCACGAGGCUUCCGCGGUCCUAUAGCGUUCACUUUUGCUGGUGAGACGCCAUAGCUAGUGAAGGGCCGACCCUUAGGGGAUGCGGUGAGUGGCGGAGAAGGGCAGAGUUUUAUGAGAACCCAGAGUUGCCUUCUGGCUGUACUGUGUAGGCAAGCUUGCUGGUGACCCCGCCUCCAGAACACGUCCCCCACCGCCACAGUCCUUGCACAGGGCGCCAUCCCAACCACGAACCUGGUGCAUGCUGAUAGGGAGAACACCCCCUUCCCCACGGCCAUGUCUCCGGCACAGCCCGAGGGUCCCUCAGCAAAGGGGAGAGGCCCGUGUCUGUGGAAGGUAAAGCUGACAACAUGUGAAACGUCUCAGAAUUAUGACUCUUUCCAGGUUUAAAAUACAUUCUUCUGAUGAGCAGAUGGUCAGUUGCUGUGUUAGAAGUGACGGGUUUUCUCCAUACAGGAAAGCCACUGCUGCCUGCACCAGCCUGUGGAGCAUGAGAGCUGGGAUCACUGGUUCUAGAACGGGCACUGGGAAGACUGGGGACACGGGAAGUGUGCUGACUGAGACCCGUGGCUCUGCGGUGUCUUGUCCCCACCGUGGGAGGAGCCCCUCCCUGUUCCCCCCAGGUGACAUCCUCCCACGGUUGGCUUCGGAAACUUGUAAAUGUUUACGUGUGAUGAGUGUCUUCCUGUGGUUAAUGUGGAGCUAAAACUGCUCCUCCGAGUAGUGCCUGUUGCCGCGCUGCCCCGGGGUUAGGGAGCUCGCUGCGUCACCACGGCGACGUCUCCCAGCCAGGGGGCUUCCCGUGCGUGCCUGCCGGCGGGGGGCCCAGACCGCUCCAAUGUCCUGCUGCCGCUGCAGAGCCCGUCUGAGAUGGUGCCCCCCCCCCCCGGCCCCCAGGACCGCGGUGCUCCCGUGCUUGGUGCCCUCUGCUCCCCGCAGCCUCCUGUGCUCACUCGGGCAGACCCUCCCCGGUAGCCUCCGGGACGGGCGGGCGAUCAGAAGGAGGCCCUCUGUCCGAAGAGGGAGAGGAAGGUCAUGACGUCUGAUAGCAUUCUUUUGAAGGGUUUGGGUUUUCUGUAACAGACGCUUCAGCACGUCCGUGUCCCUCUCUCACAUUUACUAAGUGUGGAAUAAGAAAGGAGGAGCACGGAUGUGAGGCGGUGUGAGCAGGACCUUCCCACAGGCCUUACAGCCUUACAGCAGGCAUCAUCGUCCCCAUUCCGCAGGGACAGUAAGAGACAGGUCGAGUAACCUGCUUUGCGUCACACGGGGCUGAGAAUUGAGACUUGCCUGCCUAAGUCCAAAGUCCAUUUUCUUUCACUGCUCAAGACGGCUUCCAAUUUUAUCCUCUUUGUUCUGGAUAAGGAAACUGAGUCCCAGAGAGGUUAGUAGCUUCUCACAAACCCUGGUGAAACCAAACCUGGUUUGCUAAGGGGGCCAGUGACGACGUCCUCAGAGGGCGAAAGCUGGAGGCUUUCGGAGAGCUGAUGAGCAGCCCAGAGUAUUAAGUGUUGUGCUGAGGGUCAUGAAGCUAGAACCUGGUCAUUUCUCUGGAGUUUACGUAUUUAUGUUGUGGUUUAACGCAUCAGUGCAGGGCACCUGUCUGGCCCGGAUUUCCCAGGACAGCCUUCGAAUGUCUACCUGUCAGAAACCGAUGUUUUCUGGUUUCAGCUCUCCUCCCACAGACCACUGACUGGUCCCGGAGACUCCAACCAUUUGUAAGCGCCUGGUGCGUGCCAGGCUCAGUCCUAGGCACUGAAGAUGGAGAGAUCUGAGGCUCAGCUCCCGCCGUCGUCUCCGCCGAGGACCUCGGAGUGCCCGGAUUGAGCGACUGGAAGCCUGAAUCUGCAGUGACCGGAGUUGGUGGCUGUUCUGUGGAAUAGUUAAAGGACAAGAACCCAUUUGCCACCCCCGGCAGCCCCCAUCGUGCCCCGCUGGGCCAUGCUCCAAACAGCCCUUGUGCAAGCUGCUGUAACAGAAAGACUGGCUGGUGGCUUAACACUUCUCACGGUUCUGCAGUCUGAUCAAGAUCGAGGUGCCAGCAGAUUGGAUGUCUCUGAGAACCUGCUUCCUGUUUCACGGGCUGCCAUCUUCUUGCUCUGUCCUCACAUGGCGGAGAGAGAAGGCUCUUUGCUCUCCAUCCCCUUAUAAGGGUGCCAGUCCCAUCAUGGGGGCUCCACCCCACGACCACAUCCAAAUCUAAUCACCUCCCAAAGGCGCCCCCCCCCCCCCAGAUACCAUCCCACUGGGGAUUAGAUUUCAACAUAGGAAUCUGAAGGACGCAGACAUUCAUCCACAGGUCACCUUAUUACCUGCCUCUCCUCUUGGCCUACACGGCCGUGCGCUUAUCACAUGAGGAUUAAUUCGGGAUCUCUUGAGGCUUCUCAAGCCCCUGUUAUUCAGGCCUCCGCCCCUUACAAAGCCAGCCCUUCCCCGCCACCACCUCCACGGAGCCACACUAGCGAAGUGCUCUCUGGCCCCAGCUCCACCCAAAACCACGGGAGCGUGCCGGCUAAAUCCUGUCUGGUGGACCGGUCUUUAGUAGGGCGUUUCCUUCGUGUAGCCAUCCGUCCGUGGCUUUCCAAAUAGGAUGCAUCAGUGGCGCCUGAUGAUAAAAAUCGGGGUGAACGUGACAGCCAAGAUGGAGAGCCACUUACGUAUGAGAGACCGGGGCGUUGUCGGCUCCCAGCGAACACCCUGCUCUUCAGCCUUCCCUGUCCUCUACCUGGUCUCCCAGGGGCACCUGUCUCGCUGCGCUGAGGACCCUGCUCACGUGGCUUUGCCCUCUCGGGAGUGCGGCAGGGCUCCCGUCCGCUCUGACCUGGCAGCGGCUGCCAGAGAUGCAGACAGGCCCUCUCUAGGGAAAUAGUUCCCCGAGAAUAAUCUUUUCCAAAAGACUGGGUACGUUCUUUCCUAUUCGAUGAGUUAAUGUUUUAAAAAGGAAGUACAUUCAUGUAGUUCAAAAUUUAAGAUAACAGAAGCCUGUUCCGCCAGAUUCCCACCGUGUUCCCACAGACCACCAAGUUACCCCCCGACCCCGUGGCAACAAGUGUUUCCAGUUGAAAGGAUUAAGAAAUAAAGUCCCUGGAUUUUUAUUACCAAA